AUGAGUGGGAUCACGAUUAACAAUUUGCGAGGAGUACGAAGACAUCCCCCCAGGGAAGACAUUGAUACAGUCGAACAGAAUUCCACAAAGUACAGAGUAAAUAAUCCUUUAGGGGCAGUGCACAACCUCCACAAACAUCACGGCAUUACAACCCAGUAUCUGCACAGUACACUGAUCAUCGUCAAAAACCUAAACUCUGAUAAAACGAAACAGCACGAAAGCUCAACGCCAACCCACAAGGGAUUCGGUCAGUUGGUGAAACGCAAGGACCUCAUAUCCAUAGCCCACGGCAAAGCCUCCCAGCUGGUCCUCUCCGCUCUUGAGCUUGGCAAUAGAUGCCAAACAGUGGUUUAG